AUGACAUUUUUUUUCGCUUUAUUGAUGGCUAUUAUAAAUGGAGUAGGAAUCACCUGCGGAGUACAUCGUUUAUUUACGCAUAAAUCCUAUAAAGUAAUAACUCCCGUGAAAAUAUUUCUACUUAUAAGCUUUACGUCAGCUGGUCAGAAUUCCGUUUAUCAAUGGAUUCGUGAUCACCGCCUUCACCAUAAAUUUAGCGAUACAGAUGCUGACCCACAUAACGCACGUCGUGGACUAUUUUUCUCACACAUCGGCUGGCUCAUGACUUAUAAAAACGACGAAGUAAUAAAAAACGGGCUAAAAAUUGACAUGAGUGAUAUAGAAAGCGAUAAAGUGAUCAUGUUUUUUCAUAGGUACUCUCUGCUGCUCAAUACCAUUUUCUGUUUCUUGCUGCCAACAUUGACUAAUGUACUGGUAUGGGAAGAAAAUUGGAAAUGUGCAGUCGCCUGGCAGUGCUUUAUUAGAUUUCUAUUUGCGUUCCAUUGUGAACUCUCAGUGAACAGCUUUGCACAUUUGUAUGGAUAUACACCUUACAACAGGAACAUUUUGCCAAAGCAAAACCUGUAUGUAGCCGCCACUACUUUGGGAGAGGGCUGGCAUAAUUAUCACCACGUUUUUCCUUUCGACUACAAAGCAGCUGAGUUCUUCGACAGUUUUAAUUUUUCAGCUUCAUUAAUCAAGUGGUGGGAGCAAAGAGGAUGGGCUUACGAUCUCAAGGAAGCUACUCCUGAAAUAGUAGAUGCAUUCGUUAAGAGAAUGGGCGAUGGUGAAAAAAGGACGGAAAAUUAA